GAUUUACUUGCAUGUUGGGUCUCCGAUGUGGUUGAAGAGGAUUUAAUUUUUGUUGUUUUCGUCAUUGUCGUCGUCUUCAUUAAAUUUUGCUUUGCUGUUGAAGAGUGUUCCACUAACUACUGGUAUUGAUUUAUUAUUGGCUGGUGCGGGUAGCUUUAGUUGUUGUAGACUAAGCGUAGCACACACUUGUAACCACGAGAGGGAAACAAUAGAGAAAAAGGAAAAAAAUGGCAUCUGGCGGCGUAACAUGUGUCAAGUUCUUGACCUUUUUCUGCAAUUUACUAUUUGCCCUUUCGGGCAUACUGAUUUUAUUGAUCGGGGCAAUGGUACAAUUCAACUAUGCUCAUUAUUCAAAUUUCGUCAGUGAUCACAUAUGGACAGCGCCCAUUAUUUUAAUGAUAGUCGGAUCGUUAGUGGCAUUUAUUUGUUUCAUGGGCUGCUGCGGCGCAAUUAAGGAAAACACCUGCAUGAUCUUGUCGUUUGUUAUUUUGGCCGUGGUAGUAUUUUUCGUUGAAAUUGGUUUGGGUAUAGCUGGCUAUAUCAAACACACUGAUCUGAAACAAAUAAUGGAAAAUCAAUUCAAUGUUACCAUGGAGGAGUAUAAUGACCGUAAGGACUACCGCGAUGCAUGGACUCUAUUGCAAACCGAGUUGGGUUGCUGUGGAAUCAGAGGACCCGCCGAUUGGGAGGAAGUUUUUUCCAACAAGACCAUACCAUCAUCGUGUUGUCAAAUGAUCAAUCUUAAUGAAGCUGACGCCUGUACGGCUGCCCAUGCUAAUCCAGAUGGAUGCUUGCAGAAACUUGUGGAUAUUUUAGAUUCCAAAACUCUAUUAUUAGCUGGAGUUGUUUUGGGGGUUGCUGGCGUUCAGCUCCUUACCAUCCUGUUUGCAUGUUGCCUGUACCGUUCGUUUCGGAGAAGCUACCAAACCGUUUGAAUUACGUAGCCAAGAUCCUUUAUGUCGAAUAUAAAACGGAUACAACGAUGCACUACAGUUCAUCUCUGGCUGAAAUACGAUUGAUAAUCACUCGUAUCUGUAAUUUACCAAACAGGCGACUUUUGGAUCUGAACUCGAAGAAAUAAAGCAAGAACAUAGUAACAUAGCAUAAUCUUUCACAUUGCAUAAUAAUGAACAAACGUACUUUUACACACGCCCAUCUCUCACGCAUUUAAUGAAAUAGGCUGAUCUACGCAUGGAAUCGUACCUUAUGUAGGUAACAUACGUAUCAUUAAGUUGUUUCAAAUAAUUCAAUGUAUUAAGCUCUUGGCAUUUUAUGACAUCUUGCCACACAUAAACACUAAACUCUCUUUUGCCAAUUUCCUAAUUGAUUUGGAAAACUCAACGUCCACUUCCCUGUGAUAUUAUUUAUUAUGAAUUAUCGGUCAACAUUUUUUUACAUUUUUUUUUUCAACAUUAAGCCAAAGACAGGCAUUGAAUUAAUUUAUGAACAGUAGUGGGAUUCUCUAGACUUUUUGCCGUUACCGACAAGCAUUUACAACAAUCAGCGAAAAACGUAUCAGAAAAAUAAAAGCUAAUAACAUUGUUUUUAUGGCUAACAUUCGUUAACUAACGAUAUUAUUAACAAUUAAAAAAUUGCUGUUAUCGCUGAUUGUUAUUGUUGUUAACUAGUUCGAGAAUCGCACUACAGAUCCUUUAUUUUAUAGGUCCCUUUGGAAUUUAUACUCCUGGAUUUAUUUUUCUUUCUAUAUAUAUUAUAUUAUGUUUGGUAUCAACGCUAUAGGUCCAAAUAUCUAAAUAUAUAGUCUAAAUUAUGUUUGUUAAAUAUGUAGUAAUUAUUGUUUAUGUUAU